UCUAAUUCUAUUCUCGGGGCCAUGACCACCACAGGGUGCGCACUUGGACGGGCCAGCUAGGUAGUUGGUCAAGGUGUAUGAAGCUGAAACUUCGGAAAUCGCAGCUUCGUACACAAGGUAGACUGGGUUUUCGAAGGGUCUGCUGCAAGUGCUGAUUCUGGUGGUGUUGUCCUAUCACUAGUAUCAGGUCAAGACCGACCCGCGAUCGAGCCAGACCUCCGACCAGGACCAAACGGCGUGGUGUGCUGCUAGUCACGUAAGCAGACACACGCCCGAUUAUUAUGAUCCUACCAAAAAAGUUGGCAAUCAUUCUGACGACAGCUCCAUUUCUAGCACCAAUCGAAACCUGUCCGAUGUCUCUGAUCGCAGACUCCAACUGUAAACACCAGUCUCGUACCAGUCGUGAAUUUUUGUACUCUUCAUUCCAGAAAAACGCUCCCGAUUUCAAGUCUUGAACCUUCAAAAAUCGUCGUGAGUAAAAUUUACUUGUUCAAGACCAGGCGACUGGAAAGACAAAAAUGUCUGUCUCUAGUACCUCCGAGGAGGAAGAGUGUAUCCUCAUGCCUCUGACGGAUGUUGAGGUAGUAGAAGAGGAGGAAACAGAGGACAUGUCGUCAGAUUCAGCCGAGGAACCCCCAACUCCAGUGUCAAAACAGAGGCGAGUAUCGUUUGCAUCCAUCCGUCGACAGCGUACACUUGGCACUCUGGCAUCGCUGAGACCAGGGCCUGUCUCCGAACCGAUCGCGAUUCCCGAACGCGAACCUACCACUACCAGACAGGUCUCGAAUUCCGUGAAAAACUGGCGGGUCGCCAUCAAGAAGGCUCGGGAGUUUGUGAAGAACACCCCCAACUCCUGGCAAAAGUUCGGACUGGAGAAGCACGAGACGGAAAAGGCCACAAGACAUCGGUACAACGCCCUGAGGAAGACAUGGUCGGAGGACAUAGUCUUGGUCAAGAUGGAGGACGAGCCGUUCGACCAUGGGGCUAUGAGAGAAUGUUUUCGCUUAAAGAAGCUGUCCAACUUCUCCAGGUCCUUAGACUGGAACCGUGCGUCCAACUACGUGGCCAAGCGGUACAUCGAGAAGGUGGACAGAGAUGUGUACUUUGAGGACGUUAAACUCCAGAUGGACGCUAAGCUGUGGGGAGAGGAGUUCAACAGGCAUGACCCUCCAAAGAAAGUGGAUAUUAUGCAGGUGGUUAUUCUGGAGUUUAAGGACCGACCAGGCUCUCCUCUCUACCACCUGGAACACUUCAUCGAGGGAAAGUACAUCAAGUACAACUCCAACUCUGGCUUUGUGGAGGACGAGGCACUCAGGUGCACCCCACAGGCGUUCAGUCACUUCACGUUUGAGCGCUCGUCCCACAACAUCAUCGUGGUGGACAUCCAGGGGGUGGGGGACCUGUGGACCGACCCACAGAUCCACACCAAGGAGGGGACCAACUACGGGGACGGGAACCUGGGAACUAAGGGCAUGGCGCUGUACUUCCACUCCCACUCCUGUAACAGGAUCUGUAAGGCCCUGAACCUCGCUCCCUUCGACCUGUCCAACAGUGAGAUCGCUAACCUGGAGAAAGCACAGAUGCUACAGAUGUCAUCGAAAACAAUCUUGCGUGGGUCAGAGGAAAUCGUAAUCGACCCAAGGCUGAAGAAUACAGGUGACAUCACGGUAUUUCUUCGCCAACGCUCAGAGAGUCCUCGCAACUCCCCGCGUGUGUCAGAAUCAGAGGAUUUCUCCAUGUCGUCCUCAGUUUCUCCUCCGUUCUCACCCAUAAAUUUCAUGGAUGAUGACCCGUUUUCCAGUCUGCGCCGCUUUCGAUCAGACUCAGAAAACAGCUCUAUCACUCGGGGCCGUGUUCGAUAUGACAGUGAAAUGAGUGAUUGUUUUGAUGAUGACACCAUGUCUCCAGAGGAGGAAGCAGAGCAGGAGGAAUUUGCUCGCCGCCAAGUGAGCCGACCAUCCUGCGUGACUCUGGAGGUCAACCUCCGCCGGAUGUCUGUCAUUCAAGGUCAGCUCACGGGAGGCUCUAUCCUGGGAGAGGUGCAUUUGGAGAUGGCAAAAUACCAUGAGAACGGAAGGUUUGCCCCACAACAGGGACUGAACUUGCUGCACCAGGAGGAAGUGGACUGGGACUCGGCUAUCUUCCAUCUGGAGAAGGCUGCCAUGUGUGGAGUACUGGAAGCCAUCGUGGCUCUGGCCAGGAUGUUCCUGCAGUUGCCUCAUGAUGUGUUAGAGGGCGCUCAUGUUGAGAAUACUGAAGAGAACACCAACAGGGGUGUGGAGUACAUGCGGAUGGCAGCAGUUGCAGGGGAUCGCGCUGCCAUGAUCUACCUGGCAAACGCCUACCAUAACGGCAUGGGCCUAGGGACUGACAGAGAGAUAGACUGGGUGGAGGCCACCCGAUGGUACAGCCAGGCUGUGAACCAGUCCGGGGAGGAUGAGGAGGGCUGCUAUGACGCCACCAUGGAGGACCCCGCAUACAUGCUGAUGGCCAAAGCAGCUGAACUAUACAGAGAGGGUGGGCAUGGGCUGGAGAAGGACCCUGAGAGAGCUGCGGAGCUGUACAAUGAUGCUGCAGAGCAGGCCAUGGCUGCCAUGAAGGGUCGUCUGGCCAGCAAGUAUUUCAUGUUUGCAGAGGAGUGUUGGGGAGAGAUGGAGGAAUGAGAUGUCACGUACAUGUACAUGUACAGGGAACAAACAUCAAACAUAGCGACUGGGAACACAAUCAGUUUGUUGUUAUAUUAUGAGCAACAGCUAUUAUUUGUUACUGUUUACUUGUGUAUGGUUUUAGAAAGGUGCAUGAUUGUAGCUCUGGCU